AUGUCAUCCCUUUUUAAACAUUUCCUUAUUAUCACGGAUUCUGAUGCUAGUUCUGAAGUGAUCACGGGCUGGCAACCUCCUUCUUCAAUCAGAUAUCACAAAGGAGACAGAUACGGAUUGCGGCAAUAUAUUCAAGUGGAAAAGGCCGAGUCAGAAACUCAGUGCAAUUUUGGAGAUAAGGUGUUUUCAAGCCCAGCCGACGUGGUGAAAGCGUUGUUUAACCAGUUGCUUCCAUCGGACCAAGUGGCCGGCUCAAUCAGCUCGAGCGAGGACGCUGGAUGGAGCCAUGGAUGGUCGUGUCGAUCGGAGAGCGCCCAAACUGUGGAAUUUCCAGAGCUGAUGCAUUUGAAAUUAAAGCCAGCUGCCCUCGGCCGCCCAAGUAGAAAGUCUCGGCUGACUGAGCCCCUGCCCUAUCUUGGAUUAGAACCGUCAACGACUAGUUCCGGAUUCAAUCCUGCUUCGCUAAGUGCAUCAGGGCCGGUGAUGAUUUUCGGGUGCGAUCAAAGUUUUCGACGUGAUGAAAUCAGCGAGCAUCUGGCGAAUAUCCACGACGGGGUUAUUCCCAAUUUAUACGGGACAAUUAUUGAACGCUGCCCCAUGCAUCGAUAUGGCUGUAACUUCUACAGAAAUAGACUCGUUCCCGAUCGAGGACAUUUAAAACACGAUACAGUGAAAAAAUGUUGGCCCUGCCCACAAAAAGUAGUGAGAAAUAGAAGAACUUCGAUUGGUUUGGCUGAUAUGCCGGUAGAAGUUCUCAUACGAAUCAUCAAAAAUCUCGAUAGUUAUUCGAUGAAGAGUUUGCUGGCGACAAACUAUGAUCUCAGCGUACUGGUUGAUGAUAUAAUGAGUGACUGUGGAAUGGUUUUAUCCCAAUGGAAGAAAACCGAGGAGGGCUGGUCCCUCGACUUUAAAUGGACAUUUUCGAACCAUUCGAAGCCUGCUAAUUGGCGACUAUCUGACGAGCCUGCGAUAGGAGCCCAUCUUACUUCUUGUUCUUUCCUAAAAAGUUCUCAAACACAAUAUGGCACUCGUCCUUUGCCCCAAAUUGGCAUGGCAAGGGGAACCCAAGUGCGGGAUUUGCCAUUUUCUUACUGA